AAUCUAAAUGAGUACCGCCCAAAUCAUAAUUAUUUAGGGUUUUUUUAUUUCUCAUCACCUGCAACACUGUCCAAGUCCAAGACAAGAAGCACAUGUCGAAUUAAUGGCAGAUUUUCCAGUUUUCAGGUAGGUUCACUGCAAACUGGACUGCUCCUGACUUCUCUUUUUACAUUCUUCAACUUCAACAAAAGUGUUUAGUUGCAUUUCUGAACUGAAAGUUCAGAAAACACGGAGGUGGUGGUGUUUCUAGAACCAGUGGCAGUUGGUAGGCUUCUGAAUUGGGUCAAAGUUUACAUUUUUCUGCACAUUGUUGACUAAAUCUGCAUUGGGUUUAUUGGGAUUACAAAAAAUAAUGAGCCUGUUGCUUGUUCUGUUGUUUACUGAAAAGUAUGAGUUGGGUUUGAUCUGAACACAAGCAAGGAAUCUGAUUUUCUUGGUUUUAACUAAAAAAAAAAAAAAAGGUUGGAACUUGAAAGUUGUAGGGUGUUUGGUUUCUGAGAAAAUACUACAAUUUGAUGGUGAAUUUAGUGUGCCACUACCCUGAAAUGUCUUGGAAUCAAGCUCAAUUCAGGCAAAGAAGUUUGCUUUCCUCUUCACCGUCAUCAUCCUCUGGGGGUAAAAUUGCCCCAUCAGUUCUAUUUAUCAUAAUUGUUCUAGCUGUUAUAUUUUUUGUAUCAGGAAUCCUCCACCUGCUUGUUAGAUUUCUCACAAAGCAUAGAUCUUCAUCCAUAUCUGGAUCCAAUAGAUACCCAGAAAUGUCUGGCUCUGAAGUUUUCCAGAGACAAUUGCAGCAGCUCUUCCAUCUCCACGAUUCCGGCUUGGAUCAAGCUUUCAUUGAUGCUCUCCCUGUGUUCCUUUACAAAGAGAUUAAGGGUCUGAAAGAACCAUUUGAUUGUCCAGUUUGUCUGUGUGAGUUUUGUGAGAAGGAUCGGCUGAGAUUGCUCCCAAUUUGUAGUCAUGCUUUUCACAUUGAUUGCAUUGACACAUGGUUGUUGUCUAAUUCGACUUGCCCUCUUUGUAGAGGGACCCUCUACACUCCAGGUAUUGCUAUCGAAAACCCGGUUUUCGAUUUUGGUGAUCUGAUGGAAGAAGGUGGUUCUUUUGGGAAUGGAGGAAGUGGGGUUCUUGCCGGUCAAAAGUCUGCAGAUAAUGAGAUUGCGGGUGAGAUGGUGUUUUCUGUGAGACUUGGGAAAUUUAGAAGCACAAAUGAGGAGGGAGUUGGUGGUGGCGGCGGCGGAGGAGAGAGAGUAGAGGGAGAAACCAGCAGAAGCAAUUUGGAUGCAAGGAGAUGUUACUCAAUGGGAUCGUACCAAUAUGUGGUGGCAGAUUUGGAGCUGCAGGUGGCUUUGAGGCCAAAAAGGGCAGGUGAGAGUGUGAGGCUUGUGAGGGGGAGAGUGGGACAAAAUGGGAAUUCUAGUAAUUACAGUGUUGGUGGUGGAGAUGCUGAGGGGAAGAAAAUUAACAGUGCAAGUAAAGGUGAUAGCUUUUCUGUAUCCAAGAUUUGGAUGUGGCCUAAGAAGGGUAAAUUUCCAAGUUCUGCAGAAACCCAUGUGGGCCAUGUGGGUAAUUCCUCUCUUACUGUGGGUUUGCCAUGGAGUGAUAGAUCUCAGGGUACAUGAUGAAAUUUUACACUCUGAUAUGUAUUUUCCUUCUCAAUAUAUCAAUGAUAUCUAUUUUUUUUA